CUUUUGUUGAUUUCACCUUAUGAGUGCACCCUGGUUUUUCAUUUGGUUUAAUUAGAACGGUUUGCAAAAAAGAGGAAAAGAAGUUGUUUUUAAUUCUAUCUGGACUAAAGAUAACAUGGCCGAGAUGUCUCCGGGAGAUAAAUUAUUAAGUGGUGCUACACGUAAAUUGGGCCAUCUUAAGAUGGCCAAAGUGAUGUUCUUAAUCAUAUCAGCAAUUGUUUGUAUAAUCAUCUUUUAUGCCAAUACCAGCGUAAUUGGUAGACGGUCACUGUUUGCACUGUUUCUUAGCAAUCGUAAUUCAGCAGCUACGGCUGAGGCAGGCACCACAUACGGUGGCGAUUUAUUAGCAAGUCCUGAAAAGGUCACAACACUGCCGCAAGAACAACAACGACCACAAAAUGAACAAGUACAACAAAAAGCUGAUUUUGAAGACACUCUUAGAUAUAGAUCUCAAGACUUUGCCUCGACGACAACCCGAAAACGUUCUCGCAAGUCGUUGAUUAUGAAAACUUUGCUCGUUAAGCCACCAUCCACCAGAAAUGCCUCGGUGCAAAUAUUCAACUUAAGCUCAACAGUAUUAGGAUCGGGAAUAGGUACCGCCAGCUCAGAUUACAAUAUCUUUGUGAUAUACACAAAGGAAAACUAUCAGUUGCAUGUUAAAUUUGAAUUAUUCAUUAAAAGCCUUUUGAAAUUCGCCAAUUCGGGAGUCCUGCUGCAUCUGCACGUACUCACGGAUGAAACGAGUGGCCAUUCUGUGGAUCAGAUUUUAGAAAUUGAAGUGCGUCGUUAUAGGCGUUCUAUUAUUUAUAGUUUGUAUAAUAUGCGUUUGUGUGCCGAGGAAGUGGUGGAUAUUGUCAAUACAAUGACACCAUACUUUAGCUCAACACCCAAAUCGUACUAUAGUGAUUCUUUAUUCUUCCUAUCGUUAGGCUUGCAUCGCAUAGCCGACGAAAAUAUGGAACGUGCAAUAUUGCUAGAUUGUGACAUAGUCUUCCGUACCGAUGUCCGUCUAUUGUUCAAUGAAUUCGAUAAAUUUUCUCCCGAUCAUCUAUAUGGCCUGGCGCCGGAAUUAACGCCUGUCUAUCGCCACAUACUGUAUAGAUAUCGGGCCAAUUAUCCAAAUACCGACUUUGGCAGUCCCUUCUAUAUGUCUACAAGUGAAAUGCAUAAUAUGGUUUCCGAAGAGUCCCAACAUACUCAACAUAAACUAAGAAAAUCAGAAAGGCAUAGCCUAAGACAUGGCUAUCCUGGACUCAAUUCGGGUGUGGUGUUGUUGCAUCUGAAACGUAUACGCAAAUCGCAGGUGUAUCAUCAGCAGCUACAUGAUUCGGAAGUUCGAAAACUUACAUCUAAAUACAUGUUUAAAGGACAUUUGGGUGAUCAGGACUUUUUCACUUUACUCGGCUAUGAAUUUCCCAAUCUCAUCUAUCGUCUCGAUUGUGUGUGGAAUCGCCAGUUGUGUACGUGGUGGAAGGAUCAUGGCUACAGUGAUGUCUUUGAUAAAUAUUUCACUUGUAAGGGUCGCAUCAAAAUGUAUCACGGCAACUGUAAUGCCCGAGUGCCCGAAUAAUUCUGUUUACCACAUAAGACUCACAUAAAAUAAUGUACCGUUAACGUGUGUUCAUUUACUCACUAGCUCACAGAUUCACUACAUGAAAUCAUCAACAACACACAUCUUUCUCUCAAGACAAUGAUUGUAUCAACAAUAAUUUAGCCUUUAGCCGUUAGUUAGGUGUUAAUAAGAAUAUCAAAAAGACAAGAAAAGAAAAUGAUAAACUUCGAAUACUUAUCGAAAAUUAAACAAAAAAAUUAAUGAAAUCUAAAUUAAACAAAAAUAUAUAGUAAUUAGUUUUUAUUUGUGAUAUCGCUCGUAUAUUAUAUACUUACUUACAUAUAUUUGAAAUAUACAACAAGAACAACAAAACAAAACAAUUAAAACUCAACAAAAAAUAUUUACGAAUCUAUUUCUUAUUCUUCUUAUUAACUCUUCGAAAUUAUACUCGAAAUUUAAGUAGUUUAAAAUGAAACUCAAAGUUACCAUUACCAUUAUUACAUACAUUUUAUGUAAGUUAGAAUGAAAGUACAUACAUACAAAGUUAUGUAUAAUAAUAGUUUAUAGUAUAUAUAUUCAAUAAAUAAAUACAUAUAUUUAAUUAACAAACAAAAAAUAUAUA